GGAGUUUAGUUUGAAGUAAGAUAACUUGAAGUUGAAGAAGAAUGAAAGAACGAAGAAAGGGAUUUGAGAGUGGACGGAUAACUGCUACUUCUCGAACUGAAGAACUUCCCUUAUUGCAAUUAGAAUGAUGUGAAGUCCAGAUAAAUCAAAAGGAGUCACCACAGAUGGGCCAGCUUGUUGUUUUUUAUUGUAUUAUAUGCAUAAAGUAAAUAACUUGAGUGAGAGAUAAUGCAAUACAUGGCAGCUGCUUUCUUUCUUUUGGUCUCUUGCACUCCAAUUAAUGCAAUCAGAUCCUUCAGUGGCUAAUGAUUGACCUUCAAACUGGUAAUGGGAGCACAUUAUAAAGAAGGUGGUUUAGACUUUCAGUUUACUUUCCUCCCUGAGAGAGAAACUUGGGAAGUGGGGUGAGACUUGAAUGAGGUGCAGCAUGUUAGUCCACUUCGGCGUCUAAAUUUUAUAUGCCUGCUCACUGCAAAUGACGAUGUAGCUGCUUAUAACUGCAAAUCUUCAAAUAGGCACAUAUGAACUGCAUGUGGGUGUGGUCUUAUAUGGACUGCCAUUUGGCCAAUUCUAACCAGUGGUUUGCCAUGUGAAGCCCUAGACUGGUGGGACUACAAGAUGAUAUCUCUUCAUCAUUGCAGAUGUUGUGGUCGAACUUUAUGUGCUGAACAUUCAUCACAUCAAAUGGCAUUACCUCAAUUUGGUCUUCAUUCACCUGUCAGAGUUUGUGCUGACUGCUUUAAUAAUUCCUCCCGUUUGAAUAGAGAUGCUGCACCAGCUAUUUCAAACGGGACAACUGUUGUAACAGAUGCAAUUUCAAGAUUAGAUAUCAACCCAGUUACUGAGAUGGAAAAAGAACCACCUGUUGAUAGAGCUUCUGUCCAAAGCACUCUAGAAUGCAAGUGUGGGAUGCCUUUAUGUAUUUGUGAAGCACCUGCUGCUCCAAAAGAAGAUGUUACUUCACAGGAGGUCAAACGUGCUUCAACUAGUAUGCUUCGUUCUAAUCCAAAACCCAAAAAAGCAGAGACAGCAUCAAGGGCUAGAGCCUCGACGUCAAAUAGCAAGCAUGGAACCAUUUUCAAUCCUGGUCAAGCUAGUAAUGAUAUAUUGCAAGUGGAUUAUGAAGCUAGUGGAGAGGGUUUAAGGGAAGCAAUAAAAAAUGGUGACAGUGCUGCUGCCAUGAAACUUUUGAACCAGGGUGUGGAUGCUAAUUACUGUGAUCGGCAAGGCUCAUCUCUGUUACAUCUGGCUGCGGUUUUUAACCGAACUGAAAUAACUUUUGCCCUCAUGGACCAUGGAGCGAAUGUUUAUUUCAAGAAUUCACAAGGUGAAACACCAUUGGAUUGUGCACCUGCCACGUUGCAGUACAAGAUGAAAAUGAAGAUAGAAGAGAGUCAGUGAUUGGGCUCAAGACAUGUCAACUAAUAGUGACAUUUUGAUGCCUAAUUAUAAGCCAUAAAAUCUACUCUGUUUUCUUGAAGUAUUGAUGAUUUGUUCUGUUUUUCAACAUGGUUUUGGCAUUUUGUAAGAGUACGCGUUUCGGUACUCAAAUCUUUCUAAUGCAGCACAUAAUCAAUUUCUUCACCCCAAGUGAAGUUGUAAAUUUUGAAAUCCCAUCCAUGCAAAUAACUUUUCAAGUGAAAGUUGUAAAUUUUCAAUGCCAUCCAAAAUCGUUCUCUUUGUUUG